AUGCUCCCGGGAGUAAGAGUAAGACCUGCUGUAAUUGAUCUUCUUGACGUGUUCAAGGACUUCCUCAACCAGAGGCUCACUAAGGGGGUCAUGUCGAAGAUUAUAGUGAAGGAGCAGCGGAGAUGGAGAAGUGUUGAAAGUAUUAAAACUGGUGGAAUACAGUAUUAUUCAUAUAAACCUAUUGGGUUGGGAGAAGAAUUACUAGUUUUCUACGGAGAGGACUAUUUCGAAGAGUUAGGGUAUUCGUUGCAGACUGAUGUUGAAAAUGGUCAGCAAUAUCAUUGCACUGCAACUGGUUGUCUGAAGCUGUUUAAGACACAACAAGAACUGGAGACACACACAUGUGGGAAGAAUCGAGUAGUAUCAGGAAAAGAGAAAGUACACAAGUGUGAUGUGUGUGGGAAGAUGUUUGCUCAGAGAUGUACCUUAACUGCACACAUCAGAACUGUACACGAUAAGGUAGCGAGACUGAGCUGUCCCUACUGUAAAUAUAAAACUGAUCAGCAACCUAACCUCACACGUCACAUGUUAACACACACGGGGGACAAACAGUACAAGUGUACACAAUGUGACUAUACUGCUAUUACGAAGCAGAGUCUUACUACUCACAUCUACAAUAACCACACUAACAAGACUUAUAAGUGUCAGUACAAGCAGUGUGGUGUUAAGAAACCUUCUGAACAGGAACUAUAUGAUCAUAUCAGUACAGAGCACCCACUACAACAAUACAGAUGUGAUGUGUGUCCGAUGUCUUAUAACAGAGCAGAUACUCUUGAGGCACAUAGGCGAAUACAUGUUGAUCGUGAGCUAGAAUCACAACACGAGUGUAAGUACUGUGGAAAACUGUUUUUAAAAUCUGGUACUCUGAAGAAACAUGGUCUGACACACACUGGAGAGAAACCACACAAGUGUAAUGUGUGUGGUAAAGGGUUUAAUACGAACAGUAGUUUAAAUAGACACAUGAGGACACACACUGGAGAGAAACCACACAAGUGUAAUGUGUGUGGUAAAGGGUUUAAUACGAACAGUAGUUUAAAUAGACACAUGAGGACACACACAGGCGAGAAACCAUUCUCCUGUUCUUACUGUGAUAAGAGGUUUUGUGAUAGUAAUAACAAAAACAAACAUGAAAUUUUUUGCAAGAAUAGACCUUGUUGAGAAUAUUGUUAUUGAGUUAUUGGUAACUUUCUGUUAUAGUUUGUUAAAUUACUUAAUGCUAA